UAGUCUCACUGCAUAACUGAUUGAUCAGGCCCUGCUUUAAGGGGCCUGACCGGUCUAAACCCAAAAAACAAUGUGCUUCGUACCAUAAUUGGGCUUUCAAAAGUAAGUCCCAUCAUUUUUUUUUCUUCGGGACUUCUGAGCCCUACCAGUAUCCGGUUCUACUUGCUCCCUUCUUCUCUCUCUCUUCCUCUUUUCUGCUCUGGAGAUCGCCUUUCACUCCGUUCCGUGGUAGCACUUGAAAUCAGGAAAAAAUGGGGAUUAUUGAGAGGAUUAAAGAAAUUGAAGCCGAGAUGGCUCGAACCCAGAAAAAUAAGGCCACAGAGUACCAUCUUGGUCAGCUGAAGGCAAAGAUUGCAAAGCUGAGGACACAAUUACUAGAGCCACCAAAAGGUUCUAGCGGAGGUGGAGAAGGUUUUGAAGUUACAAAAUUUGGUCAUGGACGCGUUGCACUAAUAGGAUUUCCAAGUGUGGGGAAAUCAACCCUUUUAACAAUGUUAACAGGAACUCAUUCAGAAGCUGCAUCUUAUGAGUUCACAACGCUUACUUGCAUUCCUGGUAUCAUUCAUUACAAUGAUACUAAGAUUCAGCUGCUUGAUCUUCCUGGAAUUAUUGAAGGUGCUUCUGAAGGCAAGGGACGUGGGAGGCAGGUUAUCGCUGUUGCGAAGUCGUCAGAUCUUGUGCUGAUGGUUCUUGAUGCCUCUAAAAGUGAGGGUCAUCGCCAGAUAUUAACCAAGGAACUGGAAGCUGUGGGUUUGCGUUUGAACAAGAGACCACCUCAAAUAUAUUUCAAAAAGAAAAAAACUGGAGGCAUCUCUUUUAACAGCACUUUGCCUUUAACUCAUGUGGAUGAGAAACUUUGUUAUCAGAUUCUACAUGAAUAUAAAAUUCACAAUGCAGAGGUGCUCUUUCGUGAGGAUGCCACAGUGGAUGAUCUUAUAGAUGUCAUUGAAGGAAACCGCAAAUACAUUAAGUGUGUAUAUGUUUACAACAAGAUAGAUGUGAUUGGUAUUGAUGAUGUGGAUAAGUUAGCCCGGCAGCCAAAUUCUGUUGUCAUAACCUGCAACUUGAAGCUGAACUUAGAUAGACUACUUUCAAAGAUGUGGGAAGAGAUGGGACUUGUGAGAGUAUAUACAAAACCACAAGGCCAGCAACCUGAUUUCUCUGAUCCUGUUGUUCUCUCUGCUGAUAGAGGUGGCUGUACAGUUGAAGACUUCUGUAAUCACAUACAUAGGAAUUUGCUAAAGGAUGUCAAAUAUGUUCUAGUCUGGGGCACAAGUGCAAGGCACUACCCUCAACAUUGUGGUCUUUCGCAGUCUCUGCAGGAUGAAGAUGUUGUUCAGAUUGUAAAGAAAAAGGAAAAAGAGGAAGGAGGGAGAGGCCGCUUCAAAUCACAUUCAACUGCUCCAGCUCGAAUAUCUGAUAGAGAGAAAAAGGCUCCCUUGAAGACCUAACCAUGCCCAUAUUCCCUACUCUGGAAAAAAAGUUGUAGGCUGCAAGUACCAGAGUCAUCCUUUUGUUGUAUUAUGAGUAAUUUUGUCAAGCAGUAUUAUCGAGUUGAUUUGUUCUCUAUUCCAUUCCUCCCUCCUCUUUUGUUUUUUUUGUUAAUUCUAUUACCAUUACCAGCUGUAUUUCAAUAUAUAUGUGAUUGCAAAUUUUGAUCGUUGACACUAUGAUCCCCGCACUCUGGAAAUGUCAUUUCCUUGAUGCAUUAUGAUUACCUCUCAACCAAUAUGAAUAUUCCUCUUCCAGUUAUGAUA